AUGCCGGCGUCGACGCGCGCGUCCUCGCGACGCGACGGCGCGGCGUCGACGAGCGGGAGAGACGAAGGUGAUGGAUUUAUGAAAUUUGAAAUCCACGCCACGCGUUCGUCCAGAGCGUUCGUCACGUCUCGCGCGUGCGCGUACGACGGACCUCGAGGGCGGCGAAGCGGGCGCCAGGGGUUCUUCGACGCGUUCGCGCUCGGUGGAUGGCUCGGCACGCGGUGCGCGCGCGAUGGCUUCGGCGGCGCGGGAGGCGCGUUUGAAAGCGCCGGCGGACGGGCGGGAAGCGGGACGUACGCGUGCGUCGACGCGCUCGGUGAGAUCGGGUUACCGUACGUGGUGAAGUUUAAUAAUUUGCGAGGUGGAACGAUGGUGGCGAUCGGGGACGAGGGAGGGGACGUGCGGGUGUUGGACGCGACGCGCGCGCUUCCGCGCGCGGGCGAGACGGGCGCCGGAUACGAAGCGAUGUGGGAAUUCAGCGCGCACGAUAACGCGAUUUACGACGUCGCGUGGACGUCGGACGAUUUGCGGUUGAUCACAGCCAGUGCAGAUCGCGGUGUGGCGUGCUACGAUGCGGGUACGAUGAAGGUGGUGUCGGCGUGCGACGACGGGCACACGUCUUGCGUCAAGGCGGUGGCGACGCGGCCGACGUCGCCGGAUGUGUUCGCGACCGGCGGUAGGGACGGUCGGCUCUUGGUGUUCGACGCGCGUCAGGGCGUUACUUGUGAUUUGGAGCGCGUGGCGACGGUGGAUUACGCGCACAGGCUCCCCGGCGCGACUAGCGGACGCCGACGCGCGUGUCUGCACAGCGUCACGUCUGUGGCGUUCGACAACACGGGCGACGUCGUCUUGAGCUCCGGUGGGUCGGAUGGAUUGGUGAAAACUUGGGAUUUGCGCCAGAUGAAGAGCGCCAUCGGCGUUCUUCGCGACGCCGCGGAGGAUGAGUACGUGCGCGGGUCUUUUUACGACUGCGGCGUGGGCGUUCGAUUCUCUGGCCUCGGUACGAGCGGAUCGUCGACGAAACCGCGCGGCAUCUCAGGGAUCGCCGUCGAUCCAACCUCAUCGCGCGUCGUCGUCUCGUACGUCGAUAAUCACAUGGCUAUGUUCGACGCGAAUGAUCCGAGUGGGAAACCAUCUCGACAUUUCAUCGGGCACAUCUCGACGUCGUAUUACGUCAAGCCGAGCUUUUCUCCUGACGGCGCGCGCGUGGCGUGCGGUUCGCUCGACAACAACGUGCACGUGUGGAACGUCGAUCGUCCAGACGAACGUUCGAUCGAACUCGAAGGGCACACUGCGGGCGUCGGUUGCGUACACUGGUCCGGUCGCGUCGACGGCUUGGCGUCGUGCGCCGACGACGGGUGCGUUCGGCUGUGGCGCCUCUGCGAUGCCGCCGCGAAGCCGCGACGGUUCCAUCGCCCGUCGAGACCGGCGCCCGCGAUGGAUUCCGCCAUUACGCGGGCGCUCGGUCGCGUCGUCGACGCGGACGCUCCAGAUAUCGCGCGCGUCACCGUGGGAUCAUCUCUCGCAUUCGCGCCCGCGACGGAGGCGACGCCGCGCAAGCGCGCGGCGGAUCCGUCCAAGCGCGUCGACGCCGAGCGCCUCGCCCGUCGUCGCCCGCUCACCGAAAACAUCCACACGUCGUCGUGUACGUAG